AUGCAAUACCAACUGGAGCUUUUUAUUAGGCAUAUGAACGAUGACAGUCAGUACGACAAUGCUAUUAACUGCGGUAAUGCAUACUGGCAGCAUCCAAUAGAGGACGGCCAGAAAGACCGCCGACCACGGGAGAUGACCAGGCGCCAAGAGAGAGUUAUAUGCAGACUCAUGACGCAAGCGAUAUAUUUUGCGAAUGCGUGGAGUGAAGCAGUAAGGGAAAACGCAAAAGAGAACAAAGGGCAAGAUGAGGAGAUUAAGGGGUUAAUGAGAUGCACCAUAGUGGACGUAUAUAAAGACAUACUAUGGAUUUAUGGAUGCGAGGGUUGGUGGGGCACCUAUUAUGCAUGGUACACAACACAAAUAAUGAGAAGUGCGUUAGAAAGUCGAUUAGGAAAACAGAAUUGUAACAAGGGGAAGUACAAGGAUAUAGAAUUGCACACUUGGGACAUGAGGAAUAAGAUGAAGACAUGGUUAAAAGAGAACAAACAGAUGCAGGAGCAACUUGCACAGGAACAAAUAGGCGAUGACUGUAAGGGAGCACAGGUAAAGCUAGAGGUCGGACCGAGAGAGCAGGAACAGCAAAAGGACAAAGACAACCAAACGAAAGAUGAAGUAAAGCAGAAGGUCACAAAAAUUUUGCAAGAAGUGGAGGAAGAGAUGAAGAACGAGGAGAAACAAUUGAGGGGGUCAACUGCGAGAGCACCGAAGUACCCUGCUGUGGACGACGAAGACGAAAAAAAGGAUGAAGAAAUCGAGGGCGUAAUGAACCAAGCCAUCGGGCACGUGAAAGUCGCAUUAGACGCUCAGAUAAAGAAGAAUGCUGAUGCACAGGCAGCCGUCGCCUCAGGGGCGGAGAAUAGACCAUCAACGGCACCGACAGCGCCGAAGAAGGGCACCAAGCAAGAGGUGUCCACUACCGGGAACACGAAAGACAAUAAAGAACAGAACAAGGCUGACCAGAAGAAUAAGGGAGAAACGUCUCCCGCAGCACCGGCUCCAGCAUCGCCGGGAGUAGCCUGCAAUAGGGCAAGGCCAGAUAUAUGA